GACCUGGUGGCUAAGGGGUCAGCAUCUCACACACAAUAUUGAUGUGCAGAGCCUCGGGGUGGACUCGACGGUGUCCCUGCUGCGCCUCCUGGCCACUGCCGGCGACGACAACGGCCUGCUGGAGUGCCGCGCGACCGCCCCCACGCUGCCGCACGUCACGGCCUCGGCCUCCGCCAAGCUCACCGUGCACUACGUUCCCGAGGCGACCAUCAGCAUCGACGGGGUGGGCGGGUUGGCGAGCGGAGGGACGGGCGCAGCGGGCUUUCGAGCGGGCGAUUCGGCGACCCUCAAGUGCACCGCCAGAGCCAACCCGCCGGCUUACAACCAGACUUUCAUGUUCAAUAGAAUCCUCUGACUCUAAAACCACGCUCCUGUGGCAGUUGACCCUCCGUGACGUCAGAGCAGCGGAUGCCGGCCUGUACGAGUGCCAAGUGACUACCCACCCCCACGUCACUCUUUUUCACGCUGAGGUCAAAACCAAGGGCUUCAUGAACAAUAUGGACCAAUAUGCAAAUGAGACUAGUUGCAUUAUCAACAAAGAGUACACGUAUUACGCGCUGUCCCUUUUACAGAUCCUAUUCAAAGCGUCCUUUUGA